GGAAGAUGUAUAACAGUGAAAUGUAAGGGUAGUGAAAGUGAGUUUUGGAAGUAGAAUCAGCUUUAUCCAACAGUCCAGUAUAUAGAGCUCUGAUUACAGAGACGAACAAAAAGGGGCAAGGUAGAAAAAAUACGCUCUCUCCCCAUCCUUCUCUUCUCCUGUAUCUUUUUCUCGAUGCUUUCGUUACAUUCGCUUUUAUGUAGUGCUGGACGCAUCAUUCUUCGCAACGUGCAUGGGAUUGCCAGUAGCCAAAGAAUGGAAUUAAGCUCCAGGACUAGACUGUUCCUUGCAGGGCCGUAUCUCCAGGGAAGCAUAAGCUCUUACUCACACGCCUUGUGAUUCCUUCCAGUGGAAUCUGAUACCCUUACCCACAGCAUCAAAUCGUUUUUCUUUCAACUUUUGGGAUUUUGCUUGUGUAAUAUUUUCAUUUUUCUUCGUGGUAGGUGUUUCUUGGCUUUUCCGCCUUGUUUUUAAAUUCCUCUUUCGACGUGUCCACCUUGUUCUAAAGCCCUGGCGUGGAAUGCCACCGGGUUCAUCAAGCCUUUUCCGGGCCCCGCUUUCUCCAUCAUUUGACCGACACAAAGGGAGGGAGGUAAGCAGAGGAGACUUUUUGCUCUGUUUCUUCACAGGCAGGACUGAAGGAGGUGGCCCUUCUCAGGUCUGAUUCAGGCUUAUGUCCCAGAGGACUCAUCUCUGUUCCCAAGCUCUGCUAGCGGCUUGACCUGAAGAUUGUUGCCUUUGGUUGCACUAAGUUGCUAGGAUUAAUCACAAUGUUUAGUAGAUGGAGCAAUUCUAAUCACGUCCAAGAGAAUGAUUCAUUGCAGCAUGAAUCCAAGCAGGUCAAGGAGCUUAGAGCUUCACUGCCACCACUAUCUGGGCGCUGUUUGAACUAUUGCACUGAUGCCUGCUUGAGGAGAUACAUGGAAGCACGAAACUGGAAUGUUGACAAAUCAAAGAAAAUGCUGGAAGAGACAAUCAAAUGGAGAUCAAUUUAUAAGCCUGAGGAAAUACGUUGGCAUGAAGUCGCAGUAGAAGGUGAGACCGGAAAAGUAUACAGAGCAAAUUUUCAUGACCGACAUGGUAGGACUGUUCUUAUAUUACGACCAGGAAAGCAGAACACCACAUCAUUGGACAAUCAGUUCCGCCAUUUGGUGUAUCUGAUAGAGAAUGCUAUCCUAAACCUUCCAGAGGGUCAAGAACAGAUGGCAUGGUUGAUAGACUUCACUGGAUGGACAUUGAGCACUAGCGUGCCCAUCAAGUCUGCUCGUGACACUAUUAAUGUAUUACAAAACCACUACCCUGAGAGGCUAGCUAUAGCGUUUCUCUACAAUCCUCCAAGAAUUUUUGAAGCAUUCUGGAAGAUUGUUAAGUAUUUUCUGGAUGCUAAAACCUUCCAAAAGGUGAAGUUUGUGUACCCCAAGAAUAAAGACAGCGUGGAGCUCAUGAGAUCAUAUUUUGAUGAGGAAAAUCUGCCAACUGAGUUUGGAGGAAGGGCUGUAUUGCAGUACAACCAUGAAGAAUUCUCCAAGCAAAUGAUCCAGGAUGAUAUCAAAUCUGCCAAUUUAUGGGGAUUUGAUGAUAAACUCCAAAGCGUUGGCAAUGGGCACUCUUUAGCUGAGGUGGCUCCGGAACCAGUCUGCCUUGCACCACCAGUCAGUUGAGAGCUACUUGUCAUCGGCUUAUUAUGUAAUAAAUAGUUAUAUAUUUUCUGUGCAACUGAAUGUGAGCUGGAUGAAGCAGGCAGUGACCAUGACCUUUUGACUAACUGGAGCUGCAAGUGAUCGUCAGGUAAGGAUAAACAUUCAGCAUGUUGCUUACUCAAAGGGGAUUAUUUUCUGUCUUUCCCCUAAUGAUGUACCUGGCCACCGGCUUGCCAUUCUAUAUCUAGUAAAGAGAAAAUAAAGCAUGUCAUGCCGGGAAGAAAGUUACCAAAUCAAAACUCUGAAUUUGCUUUAUCAAACGUUAGAUUUAUGUUCCAAUUCAUCAUAUGAAAUACACAAACACACA